AUGUCUCUCACCAACAGUCUCUUAUCACCAAACAUGACUUGGUCAACAAUGCCGCCGAUGCCGUUACCGUCCGUGAGUCCCCUCCACGUCGACUCCUUUAGUUUCCCUCCGGCUAUUACGUCCCCCGCUUCCUCCAAACAGCUUUUCCUCGGCGGCGCUGGGGUACGAGGGCUUGAGAUUGAAGGCAAGUUCGUGACUGUGACGGUCAUCGGAGUUUACCUUGACGCCAUGGCAGUACCGUCGCUGUCGGUUAAGUGGAAGGGCAAGAAUGCCAAGGAGUUAACGGAAUCCAUCUCUUUCUUCCGUCAACUCAUAACAGGUGCGUUUGAGAAAUUCACAAGGGUGACGAUGAAAGUAAAAUUAAGUGGGACACAAUAUUCGGAGAAAGUGGCAGAAUACUGCGAGGAGAUAUUGAAAUCGUCAGGGAGAUACACAAAAUCCGAGGCCAAAGCCAUGGAAGAAUUCUUGGUGGUCUUCAGAGACCAAGAUUUCCCACCAGGCUCUUCAAUCUUCUUCGCUAUCUGCCCUAGAGGCUCUCUCACAGUGAGUAAGCUUCUUUAUUCCUCCAAGAGCAAAUGUGUGGAGUGA